AAGACAAGUGAGUUACAUGAAGGCAGGUUGAAUACAUGGGCUCCCACGCGCAGGAGAAUGAGCCUCAGAAGUUUCACAAAAUAUCAUGGAACCUUUGAAACGCUGGGGUUUACUACAUGAAUGCAUUGCUGUGUGGAUGCUCUUUACUACGGUCAGCAAAGGGUCAACAUGUGAGGCUCCCUCCAGUCCUGAGUGCUUCACAAGAACCACUGAAGGAUCAUUUUACAGGUGUGAAUGGAGCAUGAAUAAAACCACUGAGAGCGAUGUGAAAUAUGAUCUUUAUUUUGAUAGAUUAAACUACAAAAAAAAAAUUAAAAAGAUUGGCAUUAAGGAGACCUGGAAAAGAAUCACCAAGGAGGAGUUUGGAAUCUUACAGGAAAGUUAUGACAUUUGGGUCGAAGCUCACAUAGGAAACUCCAGGUGUGCGUCCACCAGGAGCUCUGUUGUGCUCUCACACACAGGAGUAAAGUAUGAAGCACCAAAACAUAUUUCCAUGUCCUGGUUAAAAAACAACCUCAGUUUAAGCUGGACAGCCGCAGAGGAACAUCCAGCUGCAGCAGAAAUCCUGUUACGCCGAGAUGCACACAUCACAGAAUCAUGGGAAAAAAAAACAACAAAUACCACCAGUGACACUUUAAUAUACCAUGUUCUUGUUGUGAAUCUGUCAAACGAUUCAGCUUACCAGGUUCAAAUCAGACAUCGGCCCAUUAAGGCACUAAACCCACUGUGGAGUGACUGGUCUCCUGUUGUGAUUGUUCCUGCAGAGCUGGAACAAAAACCUGAAGUAAACAUGAAAAUAACACUUUCAAAUGGGACACGAAAGGUGGCGCUAACAUGGAAGAUGAUGCCACAUGCAGUGAAUUACAGUGUGAGUGACACACAGUCUUCCAAAGGCUGUCCUUGUAAGAAAAAACAAGAUCCCAUCAACACGACUAAGACUUCAUACACUACCUUUGUCUCGUACUCUGCCGUCAACAUCUCUGUUAUCGGCAGAAACGCAGUAGGAUGUUCUCCACCAGCAAUCCUACAACUACCGGCCGUACCAGCUGCAGAGUUAAAAAUUUGUGACAAUGUGGAUUUGCGCAAAAAGAAGAAAACAUGCCAUGAGUUGUACGAGCUUCAAGAUGAACAUUCAAGGCCAGAAAAUGUGAUGAUCUUAACAGGAAGGAGUAAGACAAAAGAAAAUAAGCAAAUUAGAAUGAGAAACCAUACAUCUGUCUGUGUUACAGGCAUUAAAGACUACGUUCGCUACCUUUACUUUGAACACAAAUGUGAAGACCGGAAACCAUGUACAGUGAAAAUGUGCCUUUAUUAUGAAAAAGAGAAUGUUCCCCUCAGAGAACCUCAGGAAUUCAUGGCUUUCGGUGAAACAUACACUUCUACUAACCUGUCUUGGAAAGCCAUUCCCUCUGCAGACCAGAGAGGUUUCCUCACACACUACAGCCUGUGCAGCGUGAAAGUCAGUUCAGACGAUGGGCACAAAGAGUGCCAUAACAUAUCAGCCUCAGUGAUGAAAUAUCGUCUGGGAAACUUGACACCAGGAGCGAAAUACAAUGUAAGCCUGGUUGGAGUGACCGGAGUGGGAGAAGGACCUGAAGCCACAGUCACUGUCAACACGCUGCCAGAGAAGCCUGUGAACGUGUGGUGGAGUCUGUGCCUGCUGUUUCUGUUUUUUAUGCUCUCAACAUUGUGCACCUGUAUCUUGAAGAGAAUCAAAGACAAAAUCUUCCCUGCUGUGCCGACACCUGUUAUUCGAGAUUUCAUCCCUUAUCAACCAGAGAGUCAGGAUUUUCUGGAGAGAAAGGAGGAGGUGCAUGAGCUGACGCUGCUCCAGCUACAUCAAGAGAGAAAGUCUGUACCUGAGGAUGCAGAGGAGAGCACUGUCCCCGCAGGAGAGUGGGAGGACGGCACUGACGAGUACAAGGACAACGAGAGGUGGGAUUCAAGGACGUCAGGAGGAUCCAGUGAUGAGUGUUUUAGUCCCUUCUCUACAGAGGAGGCACUGAAGGGCUUCAGAGAAGGAAAAAUUACAGAUGUGGAACAGCUGGACAAUGAGAUCGCCAUGCUUAUAUACAGGAAAGGUCUGGUCUUCGAUGUGAAGAGGGACUCGCUUUGAAAUGUAUCUUUAACUGUUUUUACUGCCUUACAGCACAACACAGACUUUAUCAAGGGUUGACAUUUAGUUGACUUGCACUGAAGACUGGAACAAUACAUUUCUCGAGGAAUCAUUAUGCAAGAAAUAUGUCUACAUUUUUUUCAUAAAAUGUUUACUUCAGCACGCCAGUAUAUGAAAAUGGGAGCGUUUAACAGUCACAGGAGUUGUCAAUGCACAUUGCCAAUACAUCUUGUCAAACGUUAGAGAGCAAAUCUUGGUUCAAACUUUUAGUGUUUUGGCUAUUUUUGCAUAUUCCAAAUAGAACAAAUUAUGCUAAACAAGCAUUAUAUGGAUUGACAUAAAACCUCAUUCAGUCAUUCAACUACUAAAGGACUGAACGUAAGUAAAAUAGUGAAGUAGUUGUACUGUUGGAGAGUUUUUCUAUUUGACUGCCUCUAAAAAAUCAGACCACCUUAUUCUAAAAACCUAAAUUGUGCAAUUUAUAAUUCUUUAAUGAUUGAGAUUAAUAAUAAAUAUGUAAUGAACAAAUAAUGAUACAUUUAUUAUAGUUUAAGUUAGAAGUUUACUGAUAUCUUUCUAAAAUUCUAUCCGACAAUCAAAUACUUUGUAUACUUUUGCGUAUGUAAAAAUGUUGGAUUGAAGGACUUGUAACAGUAUUUGAACACUGUUAUUAUUAUUGCUUUAAGUAAAUGAUCUGAAUACCUCUUUACCCCAGUGGGUGGAGGGUGGUAAAGCAACAUGGGAACCAGUACACCUGUAGAUAUGUGACAGUGGAGCCUCCCAGCGGCCAGAGGCUGUCGGUACAGAGGAAGUAGGUGCAGCAGACCGCCGGUAAGAGAGGUCAUCACGGUGUUCCUACCAGAGACACUGCUGUUCUUCCUCCGUGCCUGCAUAACAGGCAGUGUCUAUACUUUUUUAAACGGCACGAACAGGCCAUUCGUGCCUUUGACCUUCUGGUAACAUUACUGAAAAUGCUCCAUGCGUGUUGCUUAGUGCUAGAAGAUGGCGGAGUCGGAUGGCGGGGACUGUGCUUCGAAACACCCACAGAACAGGUGAGUGAAGCAGGGUGAAGAUGCGCUGUGUCCGCGGUGCUGUUUUGGUCCCUCCGUGUUACUUUGUGCGAAGCCUCCACGGCUACGGGGCUGCAGCCCUAUCUAGAACCGCUGAAGCGUGCAGGCGUCACGGCUUGACUCGGGGAAACACCGAGGAGCUGUGCUGGCCUCCAUGCGCCCACACUCACUGCUAUGGGGAUGGCCAGCAGUGGAAAUAUAGUGAAGGUGUGACAAUUCCCAUUCAGUGGAGUAAACACAACGAACUGAGCCAGCUGUUUGUAGCAGAUGAACUUCAGCACGUUUGUUAAAGCAUUCCUCUUUUACUACUUUCAAUAGGCCUACUUGGAAAUGUUAAUGCCAGCCUAAUUCAUGUAAUUCAAUAUAAUGUACUUUAUUUGCAUGACUGUUACAGGGACAAUAUUGCCUAAGAAAAUCAUGAAGAAAAAGAUCAAGGUUCAGUUGUGUCAUGGUUAUGACAAGAUUACCUUAAAUGUCAGUAAACCUACGAAAAACAAAAGUUAGGCUAAAUAAAGUUGCAAACUGUGUACAUACAAGUGGUUAAGUUAAAGUCUGUUUACUCAUUUUAUAAUUUCAUAAAGUACAAUGUCUGAUUUCAGCCAUGUCUAUUGAUUUCAAUAUAGGCUUAUAGUUUAACAUAGAUUGUGAAAGUGAACAACAUUUUUGGAUCACUUAUGUGGCUGUUUUCCCACUGUUGACUUGUCCCUGUGGGAAAACACACAGGUGUGGAUAAUGUGAGUGUCUUUCACACCUGUGUUUUCAAAAUGUCUGCUGUGCAAAAAAAGGACUCCUGUAAAUGAAAAAAGUGGAACACUUUACACUUACGGCUUUCCUAUAGACAAUCUAUUGUUUAAGCCCUAAUGUAAAACCAUGCCAUCUUAUAUUUGGGCAUAUUCCUUAUGUUAAGACAAUACUUAUUUGCAGAUACAUUGUUUUGAUAUUAUUUUAAAAAAGUAUAUGUAAGCAAUUAUUCUGUCUUCAUCUGUAAAAAUGUUUAACAACUGUGUGUGUUUGAUAUUGUAUUGUUUCAGCCAUAUAAACACAAGACUAAAUGUUCCACAGCUUUAUUUUCAUUAAAUAUUUAAUGACCUGA